GCGGGACUUCCGGCGCGGGCAGCGGGCGACUACGGCGGCCGCGCGGGCUCUGCGGGCCCAGCCCGGCCCUCCGCGCCCCGCCCGCGUCGCCUUCCAGCCGGCCGGCCAGGCCUGCGCAGUCGCGGCGGGGAAGAUGGUGGAGGACGGCGCCGAGGAGCUGGAGGACCUGGUGCACUUCUCCGUGUCCGAGUUGCCCAGUCGCGGCUACGGCGUCAUGGAGGAGAUCCGGCGGCAGGGCAAGCUGUGCGACGUGACGCUCAAGAUUGGGGACCACAAGUUCAGUGCUCACCGGAUCGUCUUAGCAGCUUCAAUCCCAUACUUCCAUGCCAUGUUCACAAACGACAUGAUGGAAUGCAAGCAGGACGAGAUCGUGAUGCAAGGGAUGGACCCAAGGGUUAUCUAUCGCUGGGGCUCGGUGCCAGCACUUGCCCUGGAGGCUCUGAUCAACUUUGCCUACAAUGGCCACCUCGCCAUCGACCAGCAGAAUGUCCAGUCCUUGUUGAUGGGGGCGAGCUUCUUGCAGCUGCAGAGCAUCAAAGACGCCUGCUGCACGUUCCUCCAAGAACGGCUUCACCCCAAAAAUUGUCUGGGUGUACGCCAGUUCGCCGAGACAAUGAUGUGUGCGGUGCUGUACGAUGCGGCCAACAGCUUUAUCCACCAGCACUUCGUGGAGGUGUCUAUGUCAGAAGAAUUCUUGGCCCUGCCAUUGGAAGACGUCCUUGAGCUGGUGUCUCGGGAUGAGCUGAACGUCAAAUCAGAGGAGCAGGUCUUUGAAGCCGCGCUGGCCUGGGUCCGAUACGACCGGGAGCAAAGAGGGCCCUGCCUGCCUGAGCUGCUGUCCAACGUCCGCCUGCCCCUCUGCCGACCCCAGUUCCUGUCUGACCGAGUGCAGCACGACGACCUGGUGCGCGGCUGCCACAAGUGCAGAGACCUGGUUGAUGAAGCAAAAGACCAUCACCUCAUGCCUGAGCGCCGACCACACCUGCCGGCUUUCAGAACGCGGCCUCGCUGCUGCACGUCCAUCACCGGGCUAAUCUACGCUGUGGGGGGCCUCAACUCAGCAGCAAAUUUUUAUGCAGGUGAUUCCCUGAAUGUGGUGGAAGUGUUCGACCCCAUCGCCAAUUGCUGGGAGAAGUGCCACCCCAUGACAACUGCCCGCAGCCGUGUCGGCGUGGCUGUGGUGAACGGGCUUCUCUAUGCCAUCGGAGGGUAUGACGGCCAGCUACGGCUGAGCACGGUGGAGGUCUACAAUCCAGAGACGGACACGUGGACCCGAGUGGGGAGCAUGAAUAGCAAGCGAAGUGCCAUGGGGACAGUCGUCCUAGACGGGCAGAUCUACGUCUGUGGGGGCUACGAUGGCAACUCUUCUCUCAACUCUGUGGAAACCUACUCACCUGAGACGGACAAGUGGACAGUUGUGACUCCCAUGAGCUCAAAUCGCAGUGCUGCUGGGGUCACGGUCUUCGAGGGCAGGAUUUAUGUAUCGGGCGGCCACGAUGGCUUACAGAUCUUCAACAGUGUGGAGCAUUACAACCAGCACACGGCCACCUGGCACCCGGCAGCCGGCAUGCUCAACAAGCGCUGCCGCCACGGUGCCGCCUCCCUGGGCAGCAGGAUGUUCGUCUGUGGGGGGUACGACGGCUCCGGCUUCCUCAGCACCGCGGAGGUGUACAGCUCGGGGACGGACCAGUGGUGCCUCCUCGUCCCCAUGCUCACGCGCAGGAGUCGCGUCUCCCUCGUGGCCAGCUGCGGGCGCCUCUACGCCGUGGGAGGUUACGACGGACAGUCGAACCUGAGCUCCGUGGAGAUGUAUGACCCAGAGACGGAGCGCUGGACCUUUAUGGCCCCCAUGGCGUGUCACGAGGGCGGGGUUGGCGUGGGCUGCAUCCCUCUCCUCACCAUCUAAGGUGGCGGGGCUGUGGCGGGGUUGGGACCUGGUACAGACACAAGCGCUUCCUUCCAGGGACAGACCUCUCAGGGAGAGGCAGUGAACCAGAAGCUGGGUGAGAGGUGAGCUCGCUGGAGGUGCAGUUUUCAGGUGCUUAAGUCCUCCCCCACUGUGCUGUCCGCUGGCCCUCUGGCCCGGGCCGUCAAGAUGCACAGCCUGGGACAGAAGCCCCUCUGGGUCCCGUGAGCUGGAGACAGGGCCGCCUUGCUGGACCACACGUACACAGACUCCAUCAAACCCAGCUUCCACCUGCCACAGUUCUGUGGGCCGCCCACCUGUGGAAGGCCUUCCAGCCGAUGCUGCUCCUGCUGCUCCUCACCUGUUCUCCAGCCUCUGUGCUGGGGCCGGUUUGCACUGGGCGGCUGCAGUGACCAAGGCAGGCAGAACCCGCGGGCUGUGGCUGGGGAGGAAGGGCGUGCUCCAGGUUGCCCUGCCUGCCCUGACGCAACCUGACGCGUGCUCGCACACCUUCCCCCUGGGGCACAGAGAAGUUUGUCCUCCCACUGGGUGAGCAGGGACUUCAGUGAGAUCUUUCCCAUUUUGUUCAUGAGUAACAGAAGAAAUCAGAAAGACACUUGAAAGAAAUUUAAACAAAGGAACAACUUGAAAGAAACUGGAAAGAGAAAUUUUAAGUAAGUUUUUUUUUUUUUUUUGGCAAGGACACAUUAAAGACACUAACAGCAAGUAUGUGUUUAAAUGGAAAACUAUUCAACAUGAAAAGGGUGGUUUCGGCUCCCAGGGUCCUGAGGCCUCGCAUAACACUCGGGAUUCCCUCUGAGUCCCAGCGCGCUCCUGGCCGGUCCUGUAGCAAGGUGCUCGUGGGGGUUGCCUUCACGCCAUCAUCAGAGGACUCUUCUAAUCACGGGCGUAGCCAGUCAGCUGGAUGGCUGCCACUCUGCUAGGGGGACCUCCCAGCUGGUCGUGUGAGGCUCCAAGGUCCCUGUGGUUACCUCCACACUGCUACCACGACCCUCAUCAAGAGUCCCCACCCCCACUGUCAUUCCUUCUUGACUUGACCAGCAGGAAUCAGAUAUGGUCAGAUUCACACUUGUCUAUCGUCCUUGGAUCGUUUUCCUCAUGAUGAUACUUCCGGGGCACAUUGACCAUUUGUACCUCUAGAACCUAACCAGGGACAAGGUCCUUCCACCAGCCAAGGCUGGCUUGGCUCCGUGACCUUGUCUCCCCUGCCAGUCCACUGCCCUACCCAUCGCCAAGUCCAGGGUCUGGCCUCCCUCCCCCUCGCCCUUGGCAGACCAGCCAGCAAGGUGAACUUUCACAUUCAAAUAAAGCUGACUUUGUGUCAAGAAUGAAAGGCCGAAUGAAUCUCUUGCUGCUGCAAAGAACAGAUUUUUCUAUUUCUUCCUCUGCCCUUAGUAAAUGACCACUUGAAGAGACUCUGGUCCUUCUUCUUCCAUCUGGAUGGGACCUGCAUGUAGCACAACAGGACCCAAACAGGACACUUUUCUGUGACCAGUGCACUGGGCAGUCGGGCUGUCCUUCAACUGCUGCUGCCAAAACCUGGUUUCCUAAAUGCUUCCAGUAGAGACUAAAAGAGGAUACGAUUCCUUUAAUGCAAGACUGGGCCUUAGAGCCCUGUGUCCUGUCCAUUGCUGCCAGCCUGGGGUGCCCUGGAGGCCAGUUCAGAAAUGGUGUCUGUCCUGCCCCAGGGCUCAGGUCUGCCAGUGUGCAGUCGCCAUGUAACCAGUGGGAAGUCCUUGUGUCUUGCCACUGGGGAGCUGGGCCUCUGCUACAAGCACUUGAACAUAUGUUUUUAUUUAAAAAAAAACAAAACAGUAUGUUGUAGUUUCGGCCUUGCUUAUGAUGGAACGCUAGUAUUUCUCACCUUCGUUUUCCUACAGAGGUCAACUCGGAGGGAAGGUGGGAGCUACACUUCCUGUUAGAGGAGUGUUAUCAGUGUGUCUUACCCUAAGUCCCUUUUGUGAAUCUGAAGUAGUACCAAUGAGCCUGGAUUGUGAAGGUAUUAAGAGUCAGUCAUUGGGGCAGGGGAGACAGCAUAAUUGUUUUGCACAUGACUUUCCUGCCUGAGGCUGCAAGGUCUCAGGUUCAAUCCCUGCACUGCCAUAGACCAGAGCUGAGCAGGGCUCUGGUCUAAGAACCUGUCUGUGGACUGAGUGGACCUCCCCUGUUCCUUUGGAGGCUGGCCCAGGUCUUGCCAUUGGAGAUAAUCAUUUUCCUGUGACCUGCAGCUCUUGUAGAGACCUCUGUCCUCUCUCCCCUUUUACUACAGAAGUGACAGCAUGGUAACAGAUCAGCGUUUCCAAGUAAGAGGAAGCCAGUGCUUUGAUCUGGACUCUUGAGCCCAAGUAAGCAAAUACCAACAUUUCCACUUUCUUCCCUUGGCUCCUCAGUCUGAUGGUGGAUAGCCAUUUGCACAUGGCUGGCCUGUUCCUUGGUUGGUAGAGCCUUUCCAAAACCGCCAUAAGGAAGAAAGAGUGUAAUAUGGAGGCAAAGUAGAUGUGUUGGGUUCUAGGUCAGCCCUGAGCAGAGAACCCUAGCAUCUCUGUCCUUGGGCCUUUUCCUCUGCAGAUAACACACAGGGCCUUCUCUUCUGGGUUAUGUCUAAAAUCAAAGGGUGGAUACUUAGUCUACCCUUCUGGCUGGUCAGAGAUAUGACUAGGUAGACAUUCUGCCCUCCUCUGUUUAUUGUUUCCCAGGAAGUUUUACUUCCUUUUAUUUAUAAAACGCAUGUAUUUUGUGUAAAAAAAAAAAAAAAAAAAGAAAAAAGAAAAAUAAAACAGUACAGUUCUAACAUC